AUGGCGACAGCAACAUCAACAUCGUAUCAUGGCAGCAGCUUUCGAAACAAUUCUACGUCCAAUUCUACGUCCAAUUCUACGUCCGGGACGGGGGAUUACCGUGGUUGGGUCCGGGGCCCGGUUACGAGAGGAACCAUGGAUAUCAUCUGGCCAUGUGUCUCCACAUUGGGACUCCUCCUUUUCUCCAUGCUGCACCUCAACGUCCCCGCGUCCGGCGAUGGAGUCAUGACAGGCUUCUGGCGCAAGCUGCGGUGGUUCCUUCUCGGUAGCUUAUGCCCGGAAUUACCAAUGCUUUUUGCCUUUGCCCAGCUAGCGUCGGCGAGGCGGUCGAGAAAGGAUAUGAAGGCCCUUGCCGUGGCUGACUGGACCAUAACCCACGGUUUCUAUGCCGAUAGCGGAGGUUUUGUGCUCGACAUCCCUGGUGCUCACCCCUUUCCCAUUACGGCCAAACAGCUAUUCUACCUAGUCAGCCACCAGUACGUUGACGCUCCAAGGAUCGAAAAGGUCGAGAUCGAUGAUAAGAGCAAGGCUGAUGUUGUCGCGAAAUGCCUGACCUUCUUCCAGUCCGGCCGAUUCAUUAUCAAUAUCGUCGCUCGCGCUGCCUCUGGUUUGCACAUCACCCCCUUGGAGCUGAUGUCUUCAGCAAUUCUCUUCUGCUCCAGCAUCACUCUCUGUCUAUGGUGGCACAAGCCCCUCAACCUGAAAACCCCCACGAUACUCAAGGCGAAGUGCAAUAUCUCGACGCUCUUGGUACAAGCUGGUGAUGCUGCCAAAGACCCGUUCAGAGACACACCACUUGACUUUAUAGAGCCAGAUAUUUACUGGUGCAGCAAAUGGAACCACGGGGGAAUGAUGCAGCGAUUGCUACUACCCAAGAGGUGGUGGCAGGUCCGGCGGCCCCUUGAACGUAUCCCUAACGACCGUGACUUCAAACCAUGCAGUUUCCAAGAGAAUCUUAUGCUGGGGGUGGCUGUAUCUGUUUUUGGUGGCAUUCACCUUUGCGGCUGGAGCCUCUCGUUUCCGACAAAGGCCGAAGUGCAUAUAUGGCAGGUGAACUGCAUUAUCAUGGGCGGAUCACUGACUGUGUACGGUCUCUCGGAAAUGAUGGGCUUCUGGCGGACGCGGUACACAGAGGCGAGUAUGGACCUGUUUGGCGGGUACAAAAAGCGCACCCCAUGGUGCUUCGUGUUUCUCGUUUUGGGGACUGCGUAUUUUGUGUCCAGGCUUUGCCUUAUUGUCGAGAGCGUGGUUAGCUUACCGCAGAUGCCCGCAACAGCGUUCCAAGAGGUGCAAUGGCUCCAGUUCUUACCGAAACUAAUGUAG